CCUGAGUCCACACUAAUUUACGCCUUUAGGCCCAAAUUACGCGCACCAAUGCGGAGCGCUCUUGUGGACUCUUUAACAGUUUCAUGAAUAAAAACCCACCUAAUUGUUUUCCGAAUAAUUUCGCUGCUCUGAUGACUGUCGCUCAUUUAAAGAUCGGGGCAGGGUGAUUUGGUUAGAUUGACAGAAGAGAAUAGUUUGGGGCUUUGACUGUAAAUAAUCCAGACAUGAAACAAUGGCAACAACUUUUGAUCACUAAUCUGAUGUUUUUAAAGUCGGAUCUGGUGCUAAAAUAAUAAAUAAAUAAAAACGUACGCUGCUCUGCCCAAACUUCACUGACGGUAAAACCCAACACCUCUGCAGGUUUGACUUCUUUUUAUGAGCCCAUCUUAGUUCUGAAUGACGGAAGCCUUCAGAUAAUGUGUUAGUGAGAUUUACGCGGCUGCAGGGGGAUAAUCCAGCUCCACCAAACAACCCGAGACGCGUUUAAACUCGUCAUCGUUAAAAACGUUCCGCGCACGUUUGUGAUCAGAGGUAUACUUACUGUCGCGCAUUUCUCUUAUUCCUUGUCGCCCUGACCUGGAUUCGGGAGAUCGUUGGAGCGAAAGAAAGCAGAUGUGUGGAAGGAAUCGCGGAGCUCUGUGAUGCCGCUCGUAAACGCGGUCAGGAAAUAGCCGCAGUGCGCAAGGAGCGCCGGAGAGCCUUUACGCACGGCGGGCUCUGAACGCUCCGUGCAGUUUCUGAACAUUUCAUGAUGAAAUAACUUUUUCGUAGCUAAUUUCUUUUACUGGAUGACGAGAUUUAUUCCCAUAACAUCAAAUAUGUGUGAGUUUCGGGGUGUGGUGCAGCCGGGACCUUUGUUCUCUGGGUGUUUGGUGAACGGAACGGGAAUUCUCCUGUCUAUGCAGAAAAACCAAGAGUGUACCAGGGCGUCCGAGUGAAGACCACGGUCAAAGAGCUACUGCAGAGGCACCGAGCCCGGGAGGCAAGCAGCAAGAAACUCCAAACGGUUUAUCUGGAGCUCAAGGAGCUUUGCGCGUCCACUUUUUCCAGUCGGAACGAGGACCCCUCUUUCACCGUGACCCCCACCAGCACGUGCAGCGGAGGCUCACGACCCCCCUUCCAAACUCCUGACGUCUCGUGCAGCCUUCAGAUGCAGGUUGACACGUUUAACGACGUGCAGCAGCAGUUCGGGGACGUGGUGUGUCCCGGUUACAAUCCCAGCUACAACACCUCCCUGCCUUCGCUCCCCACGUCCUCCCCGCUGCCCUGGAGCCAAGGGCUCUCCUCAGAUGCAGACUUCUACGGGCACGGCAUGGCUGUCUGCUCCUCAUCGGAGUCUCUGACUCUCUGCAACCCCAUGGAUCCCAACAGCUACUCUCCACAGGACUCGUUCUCCUCCUCCUCUUCCUCGUGCUACGACUCACCCACCAGGAUGGAGUCCAGCUACCACAGCUUCCCCUCAGACCCCUACCACCACCAGCAGCUCUACAACCCCCAUCAGAACUAUAUGUCCAGCUGCCAGCAGGAGAGCCUCUCUGGCCCUGAAUACACACCUUACUACAACACCUCGGACUAUCCCAGCGCCUACCCUGUGAUGGAGAGCUAUAGGAAGGAUUUCCCAGGGAGCCCUGAGAUGUGUUAUAAUGUGCUAUGAUACACAAUAUUAUAGCUGCAGUAUUACGUUGUGUCCUGACUGUAAAUAUGAUUUUGCAGCAUUUCCUAAGGUCUGCUUAGCAUUUCAGUUUGUGCUCUGACUGACUUCUGCUGAUUUUGAGGACCUCGUUGUUGUUUCAGGAAUGCACAGAAAAGUAUUUUUGUAUGAUUUUUUACAACCUAGAUUUAUUUUCAUAUCAAUGUUUGCUGAUGUUCAAAACAAAAGUGUGUGAUUAAAAAGCACAGGCAGGUAAAAGUUUGUGUUUCUGUCUGUGUGGUGGAAAUAUUAAUAAAUGAAUCGACUCCUGCAUGUCCAGGGUGACAAGUGCCAGGCGUCCUCCUGGAGAUGCCUUCCUCCCAUUCUGUCUGAAAAGGUAAACAAAUGAAAAUACUUCAUCACCUUCACUCUUUAACUGCUUCAGGAAGCAUAAAAUACCAAGAUUAAGGCUGUAUUUAGUCUAAUAAUAGACUCACUUUGCUUUUUGAACAAACCCCUAAGCUCCAAGAAAAUAAAAAUAAAACAUUCCUUUGGCAUGUUUAUUUAUUUUUUUGUUCAGUUUCAACAAAGGUCGCGUUAUAAUGCAGGGCAAUCAUAAUGUAAAAAUAAUUAACUUAAUAUUAAAGUUAAUACAAUUA